AUGGUGUGUGAACUGCACAAGUGCUUGAGGGAAAUAUUGUUAUGGUUCACAAAUGAGAAUGAGAACGCCGACAAAUCAGCUGAAACACGCAAUUCAUUGUACAAACCAGAUAACGUUCAUGAAUUCCAACGAUUCCGAAUUGAAGUCGAACGCGUGAACGCGUUCACCUGUCGUAGAGGAACUGAUCAACCCCAACUCCUUUGUUUUUCCUCUCUUUGUCUUUAA